GGUCGCGGCAGGCGGUAGCGAGGAGCGGGCUGCAGGCGCCAUUAGCCACCUCCCGAGCGAGAGCAGCCCGCUGAGCAUUCGACUCGAGACCGCCGAGCGCACAGCACGCACACGCGUUCGCUCUCCGCAGCGAAACUUCUCACGUCCGACACAGUCCGUACAACGUGUAACAAAGUGGUGUUUUUGACAUAUCGUACGUUCGUUUGUCGCGUACACUUUCAUUUCACGCUUGACAGUUUUGGUUUUUGUGUUGUUUAUUUUGUUUUGUGACCCGCACAUUGGAGGUGAUCGGUUUAUUUUCAAUACGGCCGUCUGUUUACGUGGUACGCCGGGCGAGAGCGGCCGCGCGUUAUAAUGUAAGCGACGCACGUCGACGCCCGCCUGCCUUCAAGGUGUUUGCGAUGUGGUGCACGUGGACGGUAUUACUGGUGUCGUGCACACUAGUGAAGGCGGCAGAGGUCGAGGUGACGACGGAGACGGCGGUACCGGUGGCGACCACUCGCGCGCCGCCCCGCACCCUCGACCGGCAAGCCGGCGAGCUCGCCUGGAAAUCCUGGCUGCAAAGCGCCGAGAGCGGCAACCAAAAUGCUCCACCAAGAAGAAUUACCACUAAGUCUUUGUUCAUAACGCCCUUCGUGUGCCCGAAAGGGCAGCGCCUCGACAGGAAUGGUUGCGUUCAGGUGGUGACAGUAAAUAAAGAUGAACACGAACGCAUUCUGCUGGAGCAAUUGAAUGCACUGUUCACCUCGGCUCCUAGCGGCGACAACGUGUUGUACGACUACGGCGACGGCGACGACCAACCCGGCGACGGCCCCCUACAGCUUAACAUACCUAUCGGCUUAGAUCCUCAAGCGGCGCCGUUCCAGGGCCAGGAGCCAUCUGGACAGGCUCAAGAUCUACAAGGAAAUUAUGCUAAUAUUGACAAGAAAGAUAUAAAUAAACAAAAUGGUGACGCCAGCGUAGAAGCUGAAUUAGAAAUCUUAAAACUUCAAAACUCUCGUAACAACACGGGUUUGCCCGAUGGAGUAGGUGUGUUGAAUCAUAACGUACUGACUAAUUUACAUUACCCAGAGAAACCAAAACGUGACAGCCCUCUCAACAUUACUGAUAUUGAAGCUCUAAAUGUAACCACCGACGAAGGGCAAAAAGAAUUUGUGUAUGGACAUGUUAAUGUCGACCCUGUUAUUUACAAUGCUGAAAAUCAAAAUAAGAAGUCUGAAGAACUCGUUAAAGAUCAACCCACCGAUUUGUUACAAAUAGUAAGCAAUAGCACAUCUACAAAUGGUUCUUUAAAGCAAAAUUCUACCGAGGAAAAAAUCAACCCUCCAUCCCACGUACUAAAAAAAGAUGGAGAUCACUCUAAACUUAGCCCUGAAAACGAUUAUUCAGACAUUGGUGAGGCUAUAAAAUUGAUAAGCCGAUAUGCUGAAGUGACAACGGAUGACAACUUUGCCAAAGAUAUAAAGAAAGCUGCAAUAAAGGAAGACAGCGUAUUGGGAACUCGCACUAAACUUCAGCAUCGUCGCAAUAAACCAAGACCUACAGAGACGAAGGAAUCAGAGGCAGUUAUAAUGCAACAGGAUUCCAGCAACAAAAACAAAUUACACACUUAUGGCGAUCUAAUCAAUAACGGAGUUAUUUACCGGUACCCUUGGCCAAGUCAGCACGCUCAGUCACCACCACCCGGGUACCCGUUCCGGCAUUUACAAGACUAUUGGCCUGGACAAAACAAAAUCGGAGGAGUUUAUAAUACUCAUGAGAAUCCUCGGCGUCACCAUCAUUCUUAUCCUCAUAAUUUCCGACCUCACAGUUACCCUUAUUACGGCGUUUACCCCGGAGCACAAGACACGUAUCCUGAGCAACUCAAGCGGUUCAUUCACAGAGUAGCUCAACACCAUGCAAGUCCCCAGCGAUCUCACACAAACAACCAGGACCUCUACAGCCUUCUCGGUUUGAGGCACUGGUUCAGUAGUGAAGGCACGGCCAAGAGAUAGCUUGUUUCUGAUGUAUUAGACAAAUCGAUGUUACCCGACGACGUAUACUGAAAGCUAUGGAGAAAAUGAGAAAUAUUUAUACAAAUCAAUGGUGUAGGUGUUAGCAUAAUAUUAUCUCAAUGUCAAACAUAUUUUAAACAAUCAUAGUUAUAUAGGAACAAAGUAAUACUUAUUUGUUUUCUCUACAGUCUAAAACUCGCAAUUCACUAAAGGGAUCCGGAUCAAAAAAAUCUAUCCAUAGCUUUCAACAUACUAGGUUAUUUAUUUCAAAGCCAAAUAAUACAGUCAUAGUUAAUUUUUUGCUAGAUGUUUUAAGUUUUGUAAAUAUCUGUUAAUUUAAGUGUUUUAGUUUUGCAGCUAAAAUUGUUCACAUAGUAUUAUCGUUGUUUUAUAUUAUUUUAAUGUAAAAUUGUUUUAAAUCACUGAUUUAUAAUAUUUAUUCGAUGUAUAUUUGUAUAAGUAUAAAAUUUUCGUUGUCAAUGUAGUUAAAAUCAAUGUUAGAUCUUCAAUAUAAUAAUUUGUUUGAUACCUAUGAAAUUGGCACUGGCUUGCCGCAGACUUUUCUAAGGAGCGUAUCCAACACCUACUAUGAUUUUCGAAUACUCUGUGAAUCCACUUAUUUGUUUAUGAUGUGUGUAGAUAUAGUUAGUAGGAAUAUGUAUUACUAGUUGAAGACAAUAACCAAAUGCAACAUCGGACACUCAAAACCCACCUUAAAACUUGAGCGCAUUGUAAUCUUGAUCAAGCUCAUAUUAUAUUUCGUAAUUGGCUUUAAAUAGAGCCUGUUUAAACUUGCCUUGUUAUUAACUUUAGAGGAAAGAAGUAAUGUCUACUAAAACACAAGCUGCAAGAGGAUUGAGCUGUCGAGUAGCAUAAAGACUUGGUGAAUGCAUUGUUAUGCUUUUGUAAGGGCUGGAUACCUGCAUUACCCAACUAUUACACAUUAACGAUCCCACCAAAGCUUAGUAUAAGAUUUUAGUUUUAUUCAUAAUAAACUUUCGAAACUCUCUAGGCGGUAGACGAGUUAAAUAUAUUUUUCUAAUCAAUAAAUAAGUUACUAGUAUACUCAAUUGAUUAAUUUAAAAGAUAAAAGUUUGAAUCAAACGUUUAUCAUAAUAUAUUCGAAAGUACUUAUUUUGCCACAUUGGAUAUACUUAGGUCGUAAACAAAAACAUAAUUUACUAUCUUUACUAGAAACUUUAGAAAACGUAAGAAAUUGUGUAAUAUCUACUAUAUUGUUAUAUUUAGGAGAAUCAAAGAUUUUGCCAAUUUCAACGGUGAUAAGCGACGUUUUCUAAUUAGUUUAACAUGAAUAUUUUAAAACCAGUGUAUUUUAAACAAGAAAUGGUUAGUAUAAUUUACUUAUGUUAAAAAGGAAUUUAAAAUUUAUCCACUAACCAUGUGUUGUUAUUCUAGUAACUACUAAAAGUACAAAACGGCGCGAUUAAUUCGGACAAAUCUUAUUACCUGUCAUCAAACAUCACACUUAAAUAUGUAAUGCCGCUUUUGUACUAUUAAUAUGCUUUUUAUAAACGUCUAUAUAUAAGUAAAACUCCUAUAUGGUAAAGAAAUAUCGAGAAAACUAUUGUACAAAUAUUUUAAGAAUUUAGUCAAGUAGAAUAACGCGUCAUGAGACAUCUUAAUAUUUCAACUACCUGGGAAGUAUUGCUAAAACUUCGCUUAUACUGAAAACUCAGCAAAUACAAAAUUAUUAAAUUAUCAA